GUAUACCGUAUCCAUAUACCGGAAAAGUACGAGACACCUCCUCACGACUUACCACAUCUCCCCCAAUUCUCCUUCUGACGAAAGCGACGCCCGAACUUCUGGAUUCAUAACAUUAAUGGCCUAUUUUUUCGCAUUCUGCGUUUGCUAAUUGUGCCCCCUCUGCAAUUCUGCUGCCAAUUUUCUGUUCCCUUGUUUCAGGAAAUUUUCGGAACAUCGCCAGCGAGCCACUGAGACUGGAGACUCAGAAGAAAAGGAUAAUAUAUGGAGGCCGGCGUAGGAAAAGAUUCGGAAUGCCCGAGGACUAUGGAUGGGAGUGUGAUUAAUGCUGAGACUGUUGCGAUCCCAUCUUGUUGUUUGAAAGCUAAGGGGUCGGAUCCGGAGCUCGAUGCCGUAUGCCAUUCAACUGUAGUUUCUGGAUGGUUCUCAGAGCGCCGGUCAUCCACUGAUGGAACUGUGAAGGAAGUGUUCUUUAAUAAUCCCAUGUGGCCAGGAGAAGCCCAUUCCCUGAAAGUGGAAGAAAUUUUGUUCAAGGAGAAAUCGAUGUACCAGGAAGUUAUGGUGUUCCAGUCCACAAUGUAUGGGAAAGUGCUAGUGCUAGACGGCAUUGUUCAACUGACCGAGAAAGAUGAAUGCGCUUAUCAGGAGAUGAUAGCCCAUCUCCCUCUCUGUUCCAUCAAAUCCCCAACAAAUGUAUUGGUAGUAGGUGGAGGGGACGGUGGAGUUCUUAGGGAAAUUGCCCGUCAUGAUUCGGUGAAGCUGAUUGAUAUUUGUGAAAUAGAUCAAAUGGUUAUCGAUGUAAGCAAGAGAUACUUCCCGGAUUUAGCAACCGGUUUUGAGGAUCCUCGCGUGCAUCUUCAUCUUGGUGAUGCUAUCGAAUUCCUUAGACAAGUGCCUGAAGGAAACUACGAUGCAGUAAUUGUAGAUUCGUCAGAUCCUGUGGGCCCGGCUCAAGAGCUUGUAGAAAGACCAUUCUUUGAUAUGAUCGCCCGAGCAUUGAGGCCCGGUGGGGUUCUUUGCAACAUGGCGGAAAGUAUGUGGCUUCACACACAUCUGAUUCAAGAUAUGAUUACCAUAUGCCGGGAUACGUUCAAAGGUUCUGUUCGCUAUGCCUGGACUAGUGUUCCUACAUAUCCAAGUGGUGUAAUAGGAUUUGUAUUGUGCUCGACGGAGGGACCUCCCGUUGACUUCUUGCAGCCGAUCAAUCCUAUAGAGAACCUUGAGGAGAAUUCCCUUGAGAACAAAAGGCAACUUAAGUUUUACAACUCGGAGGUUCAUCGGGCGGCCUUGGCAUUGCCUACUUUUGUCAAGAGAGAGGUUGAAGCUCUUAGAGAUUGAAUUGAAAUGAAACCUUCCUUCAAGGUUGAUUCAUCAAGUAUAUAUAUAUAACACAGACAAUAUUUGAUGUUCAAACAUGUAUUUGGAGAUAUAUAUUAUUGAAAUUAUAUUUUUGGAUAUUUAUUUUUUAUUUGAAAUAUUAUAAUGUAUUUAUUUAUAAGAGUGGGUACGAUUUGGUUAUGUGUAAAUAUACAUAUAUGUGUGUGAU